AUGUGUGUCCUGACCAUGUUCGUACUGGAGCUUUCUGUUGGUUUUAUAUGGUCCUCCCCACGAUGUGCCCGGUUGCGUUGUUCUAGGUACCAGCGUCUUAUUCGCUCUUUUGGUGGGUUAUUUACUGUUUUUGGCUUAAUUGUCGCAAAUCUAAUUGGAUUCUCUUCUGGGGCGAAUGCGGUGAAUGGGCGCCCGAUGGAUCGAGUCACCACCGAAGAUUUGUGGUCGGUUGGUCCCGUGUUUGUCUUGACGCUGUUUUUGUUUUUGUACUGUGCGGCGGCGUUGUGCGCUGGAAGGUCAAUGGGAGUUCCGGCGACUGUGGGGGCCCCAACGACUGCCGUUUUUGUGAGCGGCUGGCGAGGACCGGUUAUUAUAAAACACUUUUUGAAUUCAUUUGCUUGUUUCCUCCGUGUAAGUGGCUCAUAA